CAGAAGCAGAACACGGAAGCGUCAGUCAGCUGUUUGUCAAUGAUGACAAAUAAUGUACGAGUAUCAGAGGAGAAACUCAACAUGGAGCAAAAACCCGAUGAUCGCAUGCCAUGCAAUAGCUGUCACCUUCUGGAUUUGCCAUGGGAAGAUGUUUUGGUGACACACGUCUUCUGCUACCUACCGCUGCGUCACCUGGUCAGCCUGCAGCGCGUCAGCAAGAGUUUUCGUUCUCUGGUUCAGGUGUAUCUGGACAACUGUCACACAUUUGACCCCGCACAGACCGGACCUCACAUUCCCAAAGAAGCUUUCUGCUCCAUGCUUCAUAACAAUCAAGUUCUCCAUCAUCUCUGCAUCAAUAACUGUUCUGAUUGGAUCACCGACAAAGAGCUGCUACCCGUGAUUGGUCAGAACCAGAAAAUGCUGCGUGUGGACAUGCGUGGCUGCGUCCACUUAAGCCGUCACGCCCUGGUAGCCGUGUCUCUCAGCUGCCCGCGUCUGCAGCACCUGAGCCUCGCUCACUGCGAAUGGGUUGACGUCCUGGCUCUGCGCAGUCUGGCGGAUCACUGCUCGGACCUGCGCUCGCUGGAUCUGACCGCCUGCAGACAGCUGAAGGACGAUGCCGUGUGCUAUGUGGCUGGGAAGUGUCCGGCGCUGCGUUCGCUAUCCGUGGCAGUUAAUGCAAACAUAACAGACACGUCUGUGGAGGAAGUGGCCAAACGGUGCAGAGAGCUGGAGAGUCUGGACCUUACUGGCUGCUUACGAGUACGAAACGAAGCUAUCAGGACACUAGCGGAGUACUGCCCCAAACUUCAGUCUCUUAAAGUCAACCACUGUCACAACGUAACAGAGUCCAGCCUCGGUAUCCUCCGUCGACGUAAUGUAGAGAUUGACGUUGAACCUCCACUGCAGAGGGCGCUCGUGCUGCUCCAAGACGUUGUGGGAUUCGCUCCAUUUAUUAACUUGCAGAUUUAACAGGAAUUCUCUCGUCCAUGAUCUCUGGAAUAGACUGACUUUUGAACACGCACAUUUUUACACCAAUGCAAUAUCACUGGACAUGAAAUCCACAAGUGCUUGUUUGUUUCUGUGUGUUUUAGCAUUCAGACACAGAAGAAUGAUGGAAAAAAUUGAUCAUAUUUAUUUAUGCAGCUUGUUUGUUUUUGUGCAGAAACCAAAUGCUGUAUAAUUUUGCACUUAUGAAAUAUUGAAAUACUUGCACUUUUCAGGACAUCUGAUGGAUUAACCACAACCACAACCCCCAGCAAUAUUACCUCUCAUUUCCUCUCUGCUUUAUUUUACAAAUCAGAAAACAGGAAGGCAAUACUUACAAAAAUGAAUCCAGGGAACAGUUAUGGUUUACAAAAUGCACCCUAGUUAGUAGAUGUGUUGAUUUUAUUUUUUAUUACUUUAAACAUGAAAAGUAAUGUGCUGCCAUUUUAAGAAUUCAACAACUUGGAUUCUUUUUAGUUUGCAUUUCAAUCAAUUUAAUAAGAACUCAAGUGAAAAACAAUCAAGUUAUAUUUCCAACUUCUCGAUUUAGGGUAAUUUUGCCCUCAAUUUUCUUUCUCAUUUAUUACAGUGUUAUAGUUUGUUCAAGUAAGACAAAUUUUAUUGUAUGUCCAAAAAAGUUCCUUUGAUAAUAUUUUAUAAAGAUCCAAAAUGAGCAGAACUCGAAAAAUAAUAAUCAGAAAGUGUCACAGUGUUCUUAUAUUACAAGCUGGGGGUCUUUCAGGACCACUAUACUAUCUGUAGCUUUAUUCUGAAUAUUUUAAUAAGUAUAAAGACAAAAGGGUAGUUUAGUUUUUCUUGGAUUUUUGUUUUGUUUUUGAUGAUUUUUCAUUAACAUGUUUUUACAGUAUCACAACAUUAAUUGAUGUUUGCACAUUAUGCUUGCUAUGUUUUUGUAUAAUUCUGUAAGCACUUGUUACAAAUGGUUAUAAAUUAUUAAGUGCAUAAUUGUUUUAUGCAAAGUACUGAGAAAUUAUAAAGUCUUGCAAGUCGACUAAUUGGAUGUGUUGUUGGGAUGAUUGACAUUUAAACAUGCAGGCUUUUAUUGCAAUGAUUAACCACCAGAGUGCACUUUACUAGAUGGAUGGAUGCAGUGUUCAAAUUGAGGGGGGGCUGGGGUGGUCCUGGAAAUUUUAAUUCCAUGCUGGGGUGCCACUGUCCAUAAUUUGUCCCGCAAUGUCACAAUAAAGUAAUCAAAAAGAUUUCUGUAUGAAAUAAAUGUAAACUAUUAAGUGUGCCUCACGCUGUUUUCUGGAGAAAUUGACAGACUUUUAGAUUUAGGAUUGGUUUGGGGGGCUCAAACUAUUAUUUCACACUAAUUUGAGGGGGAAAAUUUGUUAGGGUUUCUUUGAUUAAAACAUUGAUCCAGGACCAACAAAAAUAAUGUUCAUUUAUGAUCACAUUUUAAUUUGUAAAAUCACGGUGACCCUAUAAUGACGAGGGGAAGGGGGCUUGGCCAGGGCGGCUUAGAUUGGGACCCCCAUAAUCUUUGUCAUAAUUCGAACACUGGAUGGAUGGAUGGAUAG